CCAAGUUGGUGUAGCCCGUGGGUGAAGCCAAAGUGUUUCUUGUGGUUGUGGGCCACGGGGUGGUGCCCAAAAAGACUCCAGUGAAUUAGUGCCACAAUGCCGUAAAUUCUAUAAACCGAGCCCAACAAAUUGUGAAAAUUAAUAGUCAAACAGAUCAACAUUAAAUCAUUUUCGGUGGAUUAAUGAGGUAGUGCAGCACAAAAACAUCUCUAUCUUUUUGGCCCCCCCUCCUCCCGCCCCUGCCCCGUCAGUUGUCGUUCAAGUUGGCUACCGUUUGGUGUCGCAAGGAUAACCGAGGGAAGGUGGACGAGAAGUUUUUUUUCCUCCCAAACAGGCAAUGUGAAAAUAAUACAAUUGUUUCCAUCACUUUAUUAAUCCCCCGGAGUUCAAUGCACCGUGGAAACGAGUUUUAUCCCGUUGAUUCCUGCAUCGUCGGAUAAAUCUUCAGGCGUUUUGAGCUUUUUUUUUAUUAUCUGGAGGUAUUGUCGACGUCUGUACGCAGUUGCAGCGGGGAAAUAAGUGGUAAAAGUGGUGGAGUUGAGGUGCAAAAGGAGAUACUGUUGUGGGAGAUACGUUGAGUCGAGGGAUUGUGAGAGAAUAAAAGUGAUUUACAGCAACUGGCGAUGAUCCAUAAUGGUUGUAUGGGGGUACACCCUGCCCGAAGACGGGUCCACAGUUGGGGAUGCCCUGGACAGUGACUGAGGUUCGUGUUUGCUCCCUCAUUGAGCUUCUCGACCGGCCGGGUUUUCCGUAAAAACCGGUUGUACAUUUUUUAAAAUUUUGUAUCAAUUUUUUUGUUCGGUUUGUCAAUCUCCAGUCUCAUUUCCCGUCCUUUUUUUAAUGCUCUCCAUUCUCAAUAAUUCAUUCCUGUUCUCCCUGGGGCAACUGUUAUGAGGGCGAGCGCCCCAUUCUGACACACAGCUUGAGUUGGUAACCAUUGACAAUUCCCUCAGUUUCUCUCAUUAUUGGAAUAAAACGUGGAAUUGCUGGAGUUGUGGAGGUGAAAUGUUUAUUUCGUUUUAUUUUUCGUGCCUUGUGAAUGUGGGGGUAUGAGCUAGUGGUACUAGGGGGAUUUGUCAAACUUGUGCCUAUUUGUUUGCGGUAAAUCGUGGAGUGGUCAAGAGACAGGGGAGUUUGGCAACAGGGCAGACAGGUGAUUGCUCCAGUGAGUUUUCACCCUUUGACCCUGACACAACAAUUGCAACAACAUGGGAAUCACAUACCCAACGAACAGCAGCUACUGCCAGUACUGACAAACUGUGAAAUUAGGAAAAUAGGGAGGGCAUAGUAGGGUGGUAGUUGAGUUGUGUUGGUUCUGGUUCUUCGCUAACAAGGUGGGACCAGACUAGUGCAUAACUUUCACCAGUAAAGAUGCAGAAACGCGACGGUAGAGAGACAAGAGGUGACAAGGAUAUGACCAGGGGUGGUGAGAGAGAGCGUGAACAGGAAGCUGCCAAAAGAGCAUCGAGAGGAAGUGGUAAUGCAACUAGAUCCAAUAUGCAUACGUCCAGGCAUAGUGUCACCUCGACGUCGGGGAUUCUCAUGGUUGGACCCAACUUCCGAGUUGGAAAGAAAAUUGGCUGUGGUAACUUCGGGGAACUUCGACUCGGGAAGAAUCUCUACAAUAAUGAGCACGUGGCAAUUAAAAUGGAACCAAUGAAGUCAAAGGCGCCACAGCUCCACUUAGAGUAUAGGUUUUAUAAAUUAUUAGGUACACAUGUCCAUAACACGCAUAUAGAAGGCGUACCGGAGGUGUACUACUUUGGCCCAUGCGGAAAGUAUAAUGCCCUGGUAAUGGAGCUCCUUGGACCGAGUCUUGAAGAUCUAUUUGACCUCUGCGGGAGAAAAUUCACGCUUAAAACUGUUCUCAACAUAGCCACCCAACUCCUCCAUAGGAUAGAAUAUGUACACAGUCGACAUCUGAUUUAUCGUGAUGUCAAGCCAGAGAAUUUCCUCAUUGGACGUAAUACGACUAAGAGAGAGAAGAUCAUUCAUAUCAUCGAUUUCGGAUUGGCCAAAGAAUACAUAGACUUGGAAACUAAUAAACAUAUACCGUACCGGGAACACAAGAGUCUCACUGGAACGGCACGUUAUAUGAGUAUUAAUACUCAUCUGGGGAAAGAGCAAAGCAGGAGAGACGAUCUUGAGGCACUUGGACACAUGUUCAUGUACUUUCUACGAGGUAGCUUACCCUGGCAGGGUCUCAAAGCAGAUACGCUUAAAGAACGUUACCAAAAGAUUGGGGAUACAAAGCGUGCAACACCAAUCGAGGUACUCUGCGACGGUCAUCCCGAGGAGAUGGCCACUUACUUACGUUACGUCAGAAGAUUGGAUUUCUUUGAGACACCCGACUACGAGUACCUGAGAAAACUCUUCCAGGAUCUUUACGAGAGAAGGGGUUUCGUCAAUGACGGCGAGUUCGAUUGGACGGGGAAAACAAUGUCCACUCCCGUUGGAUCUAUGCAGACAGGACACGAGAUCGUCAUGUCGCCGAAUCGAGAUCGGCAUCCUGGCACAUAUAAGGAAGUGGCAGGUGGAGGGGUGGGAGGCGGGGGCGGUAAGGGGGUGGGAGCCAGUUGGCCAGAGACGGUGAAGCAAUCGGGUGCUGGUGGUACUUUGACGCCUGCCGACAGACAUGGCUCCGUACAGUCUCGGCAUCAUCGGAUUAUGGUGGUGUCCUCGACGAACGGAGAAUUGGCAAACGAUGAUCCAACCGCUGGCCACUCAAACACACCGAUAACCGCUCCUCAAGAAGUCGAGAUGAUCGAUGAAACCAAUGUUUGCUUCAUUUCCAGAUGCUGCUGCUUUUUUAAACGAAAGAAGAAAAAAAGUGGAAGACAGAAAUGACUGUCCUUUACUGUUGGUCUUGGCGAUACGGUGCAGUGUCCGGGUAAUAGUGCUGGUGGUAAUGGAGCUAGAAAUGUUGGAGUUGUUAGGCAUGGUAAACGGGACAAUGGAGAUGUCGAGGGGACUGGUGAUCGAGAAAGAGAGGUGAUUAAAUUACUCGGUGACUUCAGCCGAUCAGCGUCCAGGGAUUCGGUACUUCAGACAACUGUUACAGCAACACCAACAACAACAUCACCACCGUUGUCCAAUUGAUGUAACUGAAGUGUUUUGUUUUUAAAAUCACCAUCAACAACUGGAAAAAAAGGAAGGAAAAAAAAUAAGCAUAACGAGUAACUGCAGCACCAACCACACCCAUUAAUACUACCACUACAGCUGUUAUAUUACUGGUAUCAUUAUUGAUUAUCAUUAUUAUUAGGUCAUUAUCAUCGGAGUCUGUCAAUGUCGUGUGCACGCAUCGUGCUACGGCAUUACACUGACCGAGAGAGUGAAAGAGUGAACUAUAUUUUAUGAUGAAGAGAGUUAAUAGGCAGUAGAGCGCCGAAAUUACGUAAAUAAUUUACUGGACAAAAUUGGAGUUGUUUCGAAAUCUCGAACUUUCGCAUUUUUCAGUUUGUUUUCUCGUUUAUUUAUUUUCUUAAUGUGGACAAUAAAAGGUCAUAGCUAUGCGACUUUUUCUUUCGGUUUGGGGAGUUUAUUUCAGUGGCAAAACAGUCAAGUUAUCCAAGUCAACGCAGCUGUUGACUGAGUUUUCAAGGAAUAUCUCGGAAUCUAAGGGGAAUAGCGAAAUUUUCGUUAAGACCUUUUUUUUAGAGCGAA